GCAAAAGUUAACAGAGGAACGAAACUGGCUCUUAGCACAGGCUAAUUUAUCGUGCAUUGGGAGUCCGAUCAAGACUCGCUUUCAGUAGCCGAUCAGCCCGCUUCUCUCCUGCUGUCGACUGAACUCGCUGAGAUGAACCCGGUAAACGCCACCGCGAUGUACGUGUCGGCGUGCCGCUCUCUUCUGCAGUGCGACCCGAUGGACCCGGACACAUACAGAGGGCUGUUUAAUGUCUUGCCUUUCUUUAGAGACUCCCUAUCCUGCUUGGUGUGUGGGAAUUUGCUUCAGGAUCCAGUUGCUCCAAAAAAUUCCUCCUGCCAGCACUAUGUUUGCAAGGGUUGUAAAGGCAAGAAAAUGUUAUUGAAGCCAUCCUGCAGCUGGUGUAAAGACUAUGAGCAGUUUGAGGAGAAUAAACAGCUCCAGAUUCUGAUCGACUGCUACAGGAAUCUCUGCGAGUGUGUCUCAGUGUGCGUCACAGCAGAGCAGAGUGCCUCGGGGGUCAAGGGUUACCCUGAGGUCAAGAAGAUGCUGGAGGAGGUGUUGGGGGUGAGUCAGGAACAAGAAGACCUCAGUCCUGUCAAAGACACUUUGGAUGUUCUUCAUCUCAAAACAGAGACUGACUCCUCACAAAACUCUAAUGAUGUGAUCCUGACUGACUCCGAUAAACCCUCUGAGCAGAUCCCAGCUGAACUAGAGACCCUUGAGCCUGUCAGGGCUGACGGACCUCUGAAAUCUGACUCGGCACUACACAUGGGUACUGUCACUGUUAACGUAAAGUGCAAAGUUAGUCAAGAGACAAGCGCCGAAUUGGUGCAACUCAGUGCGGAGAGCACAAGCGUCCAGGAGGACCUUAAACCUGACAUUACGAGCAAGGAGGUGUCGUGGGGACAGACUAAAUCAACACCCGAGCCGUGUCAGAACUCAUUACAGUCCCAAACCAGCGGCGCCCUUGCGCCAGGACACCCACCGCAACCUCAGACGGGCCUGACGUGCCUCGCCACAGCCCAUAGAAAAGUGCAUCUGAGCCGAAAGCGCUCUCGCUCUGAAAGCGACAGUGAGACGCUCCAACCUCUGCCCAUCACCAGCCUCAUCCAGGGGCCAUCGGUAGCAGCCACAGCUCCGCCGAAAACCGCAUUUGAACCAAAAGCGCCCUCGCCACCUGCUGCCGUGCUCACUAACGGAGGUGUUUUGAAGGUUAAUAAGGCUGUGCUGGAUUCAACUAAAAAUAUCCAGAUAAACACAGACCUAGGUAAUAAGAAAGUUCAGGUGAAGUCUAAAGUGGCCGUCCCGAAGGCAAAGGCCAAGGUGAGGGACAGGCUGCUGUCAGCUAGCGUUUUAGCAGGACAACCAGGACAGCCCCCUAAAGUCGUAUACAAAAAGACGCAAGAGAAAAAAGGAUGCAAGUGUGGACGAGCCACUCAGAAUCCAAGUGUCCUUACCUGCAGAGGUCAAAGAUGCCCCUGCUACUCCAACCGUAAGGCCUGUUUGGACUGCAUCUGCAGGGGCUGCCAGAACUCAUACAUGGCCAACGGGGAGAAGAAGCUGGAGGCUUUCGCCGUGCCCGAAAAAGCCCUGGAGCAAACCAGACUCACUCUCGGAAUCAACCUCACCAGUAUUUCUGUCAGAAACGCUGGCACGAACACUGCAGGAGUUCUCAGUCUGUCCGCAGGCUCCCCUAUGGCCUCUUUCCUCACGUCCAGCGCCGACGAGGACCAGAGUUUUGAAGAGGCUCUCGAGAUGCAUUUCGACUGUUGAUAGCUGUCCUGCUACUGAUAUCUCUCUCAGCUGUGGUCGAUUCCCGGUUUAUGUCGAACAGAAAUCGUUUGCCAAAACUCUUGUCUGUAGUUUUCAUUUUCAACCUCAACCAUCACACACAAACACACACUGCUGUAAUGGA